CCUUAGUCUAGACAAAGCUUAAGAGAAUGUAGUUUACUAGGUUAGUUAAUCGCAGAGAUAAACACAUAAGCCAUUUAUAAAUAGCCUACAACGAUGAAUCAUACUUCAUCUAAUUACUUCCUAUCUUAUCUUACAACACAAGUAUAUUGACAUUUCAAAAUGUUGUAACCUUCUUCUUCGUUAGCGUAUGUGCACACACACGCGAAUCCAAUUCUCUCCUUUGUGUCCGUUGUUUGUUUGGUAUUAUUCACUGCCCUCAAAUUUGAACCCUGAAAUGUCUAUACUUGGAAACAUACUAAUUCUUCCUUGUCGUAUACUCGUGGCUGAGGGACGUGACGACUGUGGACACUUGUCACCAGUGCUUUCCAAGCCGCUCUAUCUAGGGCCCGGUGCACGCUAGCCUGAAAUGCGGCUUUUGUCUUUGACGUGAUUCUGUCCGCCCAACACAUGACUAUCCAUCCCUAUGCACAAGAAACAUACUGUACGUACCUAAAAUUUGUAUGUUUCUAAACAUACAAAUUUCAGGGUUCAUAUUGUCAUAUCGCAUUGCAUACAUUACGUAUGUGGACUCAGUUUGUCCCUGCCUUUAUCCUAUCGCCGGCCGCCACAUGCCGAAUGACGUCAGACAGUGGACUCGCGUAGUAUAACCUCGGUUAUAUUCACGUCAGCGGCAUUGGCAUCGCACUCCGUAUACUAUUGAGGUUAUAAACGCACGCUCUAUUCCUAAAAUAUAAUAUUAUCAAUUAAUAAUACCGUGUUCUUAAAUAAUUAUUACAAAAUAGUGUUAAUAAUGGCCCCAGUGAAUCUUACUGAAGUGAAUUCGGAUGGUUUUAAGCAGUUUUUGGACUCGUUUGAUCAUGUGUUCUCGGAUUGCGAUGGUGUGUUAUGGUUAACGCCAAAAAUAUUACCUGGAGUUGGCGACUUUUUCCGAUUAAUGAAAGAAAAUGGAAAAACAGUACAUUUCGUUUCAAAUAAUAGUAUGCGGUCAAAAGAAAACUAUACAACAUUGUUCGAUAAAGCUGGUAUCUCAGGGGGAUUCGAAAAGCUGAUCACUCCCUCAGUAGCAAUGGUCGAAUAUCUUAAGUCAGUUAAUUUCGACAAGCACGUGUUUUGUUUAACAUGUUCAGAAACGAAAAAAAUGUUUGAAGCGAACGGAUUCAAAACGAAACAUGGACCAGAUGUCGUCCACGAUAACUUUGCGGACUUCGCCGAGUACCUUAUCGAUGACGCCGACAUCGGGGCAGUGGCGUUUGACAGCGACUACAAAGUGAACCUGCCCAAGAUGUACAAAGCCACGACGUAUCUGAGGAGGCCUGAAGUCCUCUUUAUGAACGGACCGACGGAUAAAUAUGUGCCGUUCAAUGGACAAAUGGCAGCAGGUGUAGCGUUCGCCGCCGAAUUGGUAUCGGAAUUAGUAAAAAGGAAACCCAUCGGAUUGGGAAAGCCGUCCCAGGACUUUGGAGUGCUUGCGAUGAGACGGGCGUUUGUGACUGAUCCUAGUAGAGUGUUGUUUAUCGGAGAUAUGAUCGAGCAAGAUGUGGGCCUGGGUAAGAACACUGGCUUCAAAACAUUGCUGGUUCUAACUCACCACACUGAAAAAGAAAUGAUGGCGGAACCUGUCGCCCGCCAACCAGACUUCUUUGCCCCGUCUUUAGGAAGUAUAGUACCUAAAUUUAAGUGAAAGACUAAGAGUGGAACUUUUUGGGUUCGAAUGUGGAAGCCGAUUCUGAUGUGACAUUUCUUUUUGUUUUUAUUUUUUACACGAAAACCUUAAGAGGGAAGAAUAGCUUUGCGAUCCUAACGAAAUAACGGUACUUUAUCUAUGAAAUUCCAUUUCAGGAAAAAACCUUUUCCUCUAAUUAAAUCUUAACAAAUCACUUUGAUUUUGAUCGCUUCAACAUAAUAUAUGUUCUAGGUUUCGCUUUUUUGAAACAAAUAACUUUUUUUGUUUUGAAAUUUUUUGAAAAAAAAAGGAAUCCUAUAAACCUAGUUUUUCAUUGUGUCAAGAACAUACUAAAAAUAAUGAGGAAUGGAAAAUAUUUAGAAGAGGAAAAACAUUAUCUAUUUUUGUAUUGACAAUUACGUGCUAUACUUUCCUCUUAACAUACAAUGUUUUCCUUACAACUUACAACACGUUUUAUAUUAUAUCCUUACAACUUGGCUAAACUGCGUAACAGUUUGUAGGCCAAAGAAAAAACACGUUUUAUAUUAUAUCCUUACAACUUGGCUAAACUGCGUAACAGUUUGUAGGCCAAAGAAAAAACACGUUUUAUAUUAUAUCCUUACAACUUAGCUAAACUGCGUAAGUAACAGUUUGUAGGCCAAAAAACACGUUUUAUAUUAUAUCCUUACAACUUGCCUAAACUGCGUAACAGUUUGUAGGCCAAAGAAAAAACACGUUUUAUAUUAUAUCCUUACAACUUGGCUAAACUGCGUAACAGUUUGUAGGCCAAAGAAAAAACACGUUUUAUAUUAUAUCCUUACAACUUAGCUAAACUGCGUAAGUAACAGUUUGUAGGCCAAAAAACACGUUUUAUAUUAUAUCCUUACAACUUGCCUAAACUGCGUAACAGUUUGUAGGCCAAAAAAACACGUUUUAUUUUAUAUUUAAUACAUAUGUUAACGCCACAAAUCAUGGGAUAUUUAAGAGAAAUUUUGGAUUAUUUUUGUUAUUUCACUGACAUCUGUAAAAUGUCUACCACUUUAUGCUUUAAAAGUUGAAUGUCCAAUUCGUCAUAUAUGUUUUCUAUGUAUUUAAUGAAAGCUACUGCAAUUGGUUUCAAUAUUUUUAAACAAAACUAUGGUUUUAUCCUCCAGUCAUGGGAUGUAUGGCGCCAUUCAUUUUCAAACUAACAAAUAUCAAUGAAAAAUUAUACUUAAGCAGUUCUAUGGCUCUUGUUUGUUAUAAAAUGUUGGCAGCGAUUAAAAACUGAUGGUAAUUACUUGUUUUACAGGAUUUGUCUAUACCAUCCCAUUACUGGUGCCUGUUCCAUUAUAGGGGUGUUUACUAUAACAUGUUAAUUAAACUUAAUUUUGUUUGUUACAAUAAAUUAUUCUUAAAGAAAAUAACAAAGUUUUCGAAGCAAUAAAACAAAACGGCUUAUUAAAUUAAUUAAUAUUAUUAAGUUUUGCAUUUAUUUAUUACAGAGAGGUUUGAUUUGGUAUCUUGACGAUCGUCUUGGUGAUAGGUGUGCAUCUUACACACGACUUUUAUUGCAUUUUGAAUGUACCAAUCAGUGGGAGUACCAAUGUACCAAUCAAGAAUAUAAAUAUGGUACGCGAGCUGCAAAAGUACAUACUCACUUUGAAUGGAACUUCAUGAAUGGAAGCGGGUAUGGACUUUUGCAGCUGGAUGUAUAGUCAGCAAUAUUAUUAGCCUUUGUAUACAAACUUCUAUGCACGGGGGAUACCUUUUCCCUGCAGCUGACUGUACAAAUGUUCGUACAUGUAUUUACUUCAUUUUGAAAUGAUGAAGGUGCGCUCUUAUAUACUCGUUCAGCCAGUGCAUUUUUUUAGUUAAGUUUAAUUAUGAACCAAAACUCACUAAAAAGUAAUAAUACAUUAAAAUUUGUUAUUGUAAACCUCAUAUCUUCGUACCGAAUGAGUAGUAGAUACGAGGUUUUGAGGAAUAGGUAUUCUUGUUAGUGAUUUUUUGGUUGAAAAUUGACAUAAAAUAUAUAGUAAAAUAAUUUUUCAAUGUUUUUAGGAUUAAUGUUUUAAAUUUUUAUUUUAUCAUCGCGUAUGAUGUUUUAAUUUAUAUCAUCCUGGUAAGGGCAUUUAUUCGUGUGAUGAGCAUGGAUAUUUGUUUAUGAGUCAUGGGUGUUUUCCAUGUAUUUAAGUAUUUAUAAAUAUUUAUAUCAUAUUUAUAUCAUUGUCUAAGUACCCUCAACACAAGCCUUAUUGAGCUUACUGUGGGACUUAGUCAAUUUGUGUAAUAAUGUCCUAUAAUAUUUAAUAUUUAUUUAUAUUUCAUUUAUAUCAUUUAAAAUGAUAACAGGAUAUUUGUUAAAAGGGGGCAAGCCAGGAAAAUUAUAAAGAGCAAAGAAUAUGACGCGCCGCGCCGCGCGUAAAUUGCGACAGAAUAUAAGGCAAUCGCACGGGUGUUAAUGUUUUAUCUGAAUUACGAGUAUUCUGAUACUCGUAGUAUAUUUCUGUUUAAAAUUUUACUAGUCAAAUCAAGGCGAAAUCGGUAUCGUGUUCUGAUUAGGGAAAAAUAGGAGGCAACAUUUAUGAUACGAUAUACGAUAAUUUUUUUUUUCAAUGAGUUAAGUCGUCCAAGUCGGUCAACCUUCCCUACGUAGACCAAAAAAAAAUUGCGCCAAUUUUUAUCCUUCUACGGUUUUCACCUGUGUUAUUAGCUAUCUUAUACUAAAAUUAUACUGCUAUGGUGUGCAGCAGAGGCAGCAUGGUUACAUUUUUACCGCUUGUCACUAUGCCCGUCACUUUCGCACUUACAUACUUGUUAGAACGUGACAGGCAUGAUGACAAAUGAUAAAGAGCCGACUAUCAUAGCCCUACUGGGUAACGAUAUAAAACAAAUGAAGAUUAGAUGUGUUUUCGCGAUUUUCUUUCUAUCGUUUAAGGUUUUGCUUCGAAUCAGCUCUAGCAAAUAAAGCCUAGUUUCAGAAUAUUUUUUUCAUUUGUUUGCUUUCGGUUAAAACAUGUAAAAAUUCCAAAUAAAAACUACAAAUUUGCAGUAGCCCCUUUUAACAAAAAAUGCGUUGUUUGAACGUGCGGCGGCAGCUUUGUUGCAUUUUUAUUGCCUGUCACUAUACCUGUCACUUUCGCAUUUACUUACUUGUUGAAACGUGACAGACAUGGUGACAGGCGAUAAAUGCGACCAUGCUACCGCCGCUAGGAUAGACUAAUAUACUUCUGUGUCCCUUACGAGAUUAUUAAGAGGUUUUAUAUUUUAGUUAGCUAAUCUAAUAUUUUUAUAAUACAUGAAAAGGAAAACAUGUCUUCAUAUAUUACGUACCGUACUUAAAUGCAAUGUUUUACAGUACUUAAUUAUGUAUUUUUGUGAUAUAAUGAAUGUGUUAUUAACUACAAAGUAUGUAUGUUAGUCGUGUCUUUCAGAGUUUAUCCUUAUAAUUAGUGCAGAAGUUUGUUUUUAGUAUAAGCUUCUCUAUUUAUUUUAGAUGACAUUAAAGAGUAAAUAUUUCCAUGAUGAA